AUGUUGGUGAAUGGACAGAAAGCUUGGUGUGUGGCAAAGCCAGCAGCACCACAACAAGCACUGCAGUCAGCUCUGGACUACGCCUGUAACUAUGCAGAUUGCAGCCCUACAAAGAAAGGAGGUUACAAUCCCUGCUGCCAAUUUGUGAGUGGAGGAUCAGGACCACCACUGCCACAGGAAAAGGAGGAUACUUGGUGUGUGUCUAAGCCAGGAACCCCAAACUCUGCAUUACAGAACAUCAUAAACUUUGCUUGUGGAAUAUUAAAAGAAUGGAGUGAAAUACAAGAACAUGGUUCAUGCUACUUUCCAAAUACCCUCAUAAACCAUGCCACAUUUGCCAUGAAUCUUAACUACAAGACCGAUGGACGCUAUGAUGAAGGCUCAAGACUCGAUCCAACAGUUCUUAUGGCCAUCGAUGAAGGCUCACCUAUGCCUUCUUCUGUCAAUUCUCAAACCUCUCAAAAUUCUACCCUUUCCAACGGCUACAAUUCUAACCUCCUUCAAUAUCUCCCACAUAUUCAAUACACCUAUGGAUCGUAA